AUGGCGCCCAACGACCACGAGCCAGUCGACAACCACCCAAACGCAAGCAUCACGCAACGCAACCUGAACAUGUCAGGCUUCUUAAAGAAUAUCCCGCAGGAGAUACGAUUCGACAUCUACGAAUACGCCGUCUACGUCGACAAGCCGAUCGUGCCGAAACAGGUCGUGGCCCGCUCGAACAAGUUCGUAUGGCGUAGUCACACCACAGAGCGCAAGCACGGUAACGACACCGCCCUUGAAGAUAAAGACAACCAUAGGAUCUUGAAGAGCACCGAAGACCCUUUGGUUGUGACCCAGCUUGCCCGCACCUGUCGCACAAUCUACUUCGAGGUUGAGGCUGUUCCGGUGUUUUACCGUAUCAACCACUUCCGCCUCAAUGGACACCGGUGGCAGAAUGAGGCACUCCGGUUCCUCACGGCCAUCACCCCCGCGCGUCGGAGCUUAAUCCGUUAUGCGACGGUGUUCUGCGCACCGGAACCAUUCUUUUGGAGUGAUACUUGGCGCAAGAGUUUUCUCGCUUUUCCGCUUACUCGAAACUGGGGCCAUAUCUUCACGUUGAUUUGCCAGUGUGACAACCUGCAGAGACUGGUCAUAUCAGUAAACCUGACAAAGGCUGGCACAUACUACCCUCAGGCAUUUGCCCGGGAGAUGAAUAGGAGCUUGGAAUUGUGCUUGGAAUCUGCUCGCUCCGCCGAUGAAACUCGGAGCUGCUGGAGCCUACCAUCCUUUGAGCUCACGCUGACCAUCGGUGAUCUCACUAUCAACCUGAUGAACACAGAGCCAAUCGAUCCGGUUCUUGCACCGAACUCCUGCGUCCAUAAAGAUCCUCUUGCGAAAUUGAUCACAGAGGUCAAGCACCUUGCUGCUUCGCGCAAGCUACGUCUGACACAGAAGGAUGGGCAAGCCAAGAUCAUGGCAGCUCAAGUCACCGGAAUCCAACUGCAGGAUGCCGUUUCCGCUUCUCAGCAAGACUCCAACAUCGGGUGCGAGGUGGGUUCAUCUUGGGAGACACUAGAUUCCAUCAUGACAAAGAUUGGAUUGUGUCGUCUAGAGGGUUUCUACCGCUUUCUCGUCAAUUUGCCCCUCUGCGCGCUCGCUUCCUCGUAUAAACUGGAAGACCUCCAAGCCAUUCCUGAACCGAAGGAAAUCCCCAAGCUUGCCGACGCCAUCAUGCUCCAUCUCAAGUACGAGAAACCACGGUCUUGGAAGUUUUAUGUCAAGACCUGGGCUACCCUACAGUCAAGAUUCGAGGCACGUGUGGCCAGACUUGCCCAAUACGAGGAGAGGGAAGCCCGAAAAGCAGCUGCAGCGGCCAAACUGCGAAGUCUAAGGGAGGAAAGGCAACGGCAACGGCUAAGGCGGCUAAGGCGGCCGAGGGUGCUCAGCGACACGGAAUGA